CACGGCCGCCGGAAGAGGAAGUGUCGCCGCUGAACGCUCCCUCGCUCGUCCGAAUUCGGUGGCGCCACGUCCGCCGGUCUCCGCCUUCUGCACCCCCCAGCUCCGGCGGAUUUCGCCUCGACACCGUCCAGUGGCGGAGCCGGCCGCGUGGUGAGGGGCCGGGACAGGGCGUCGGGCGGCUGUGCGCACCCUGGCCACCUAAAGCGGGCGAAGAUGUCGGACAUUGGGGACUGGUUCAGGAGCAUUCCGUCCAUCACGCGUUACUGGUUCGCCGCCACUGUCGCGGUGCCCUUGGUCGGGAAACUCGGUCUCAUUAGCCCGGCCUACUUCUUCCUUUGGCCCGAAGCCUUCAUCUAUCGCUUCCAGAUUUGGAGGCCAAUCACUGCCACCUUUUAUUUCCCUGUGGGUCCAGGAACUGGAUUUCUUUAUUUGGUCAAUUUGUAUUUCUUAUAUCAGUAUUCUACACGACUUGAAACAGGAGCUUUCGAUGGAAGACCAGCAGACUAUUUAUUCAUGCUCCUCUUCAACUGGAUUUGCAUCGUGAUUACUGGCUUAGCAAUGGAUAUGCAGUUGCUGAUGAUUCCGCUGAUCAUGUCAGUACUUUAUGUGUGGGCCCAGCUGAACAGGGACAUGAUUGUGUCAUUUUGGUUUGGAACGCGAUUUAAGGCUUGCUAUUUACCUUGGGUUAUCCUUGGAUUCAACUAUAUCAUCGGAGGCUCGGUAAUCAAUGAGCUCAUUGGAAAUCUCGUUGGACAUCUCUAUUUCUUCCUAAUGUUCAGAUACCCGAUGGAUUUGGGAGGAAGGAAUUUUCUCUCCACACCUCAGUUUUUGUACCGAUGGCUGCCCAGCAGGAGAGGAGGGGUGUCUGGAUUCGGCGUGCCCCCUGCAAGCAUGAGGCGAGCUGCUGAUCAGAACGGUGGAGGCGGGAGACAUAACUGGGGACAGGGCUUCCGACUUGGGGACCAGUGAUGGAGUGGCCUCUGGCCUGCUCCCCCCCCAGCCGCUCUGCUCACGAUGAAGUUUCCUCCCAGUGCUGGGCGCGCUUAACAACCGAGUUCUAGCUAACGCUGUUGGACCUGACCCACACUGAAUGUAGUCUUUCAGUCCAAGACACACUUUUUAAAUCCUGAAGAAAAAAUAUAAGUGUUCCUCCAGUUUCAUGAGUCCCAUUCAACUCCUUCCUGCUAUGAAGAACAAAUAUCAACCGUGCAAAUCGCAGAACUGACUGUAAUUUUUGGCGUCUUCCUUUGUUCUGUCUUGAAUAACGGGGUCCCGGCAGCAGCUCUUGGUCUGCUGGUACGCAGCGUGGUGUCCAGGGGAGGGUCACCAGACCUUUGUCAAAGGGACUGUUCUCUCUUACACACAUGCCACCUCCCUCCUCUUCCCAGCCCCCAAGAUUCGCAGCUAGAGGAGUUGCCCAGAAAGUGGCUCUGCCUUUGACAAGCUCUCUUAUUUAUUGACUUUUGCCAAGGCGUCACCGAGAACUGAUCCCCACCACUCACCCCCCUGGGUGGCAGAACGCUCUCACAGUAGGGAGAAGACUGGAGCGGCCGAUGAAGAGCUCUCUCAGCUUCUGGAAUCGCUGUGACCUGCCAUCAGUGCAGUCGGUCACCACCUCUUCAGAGGUCUUCGGACAAAAAGCACCACCUAGGGCAGUCACAGACGGGGCUAGUGGGCGGGGGGGGGGGGGGCAGGGGGUGGCUAACAGACAGUUUCCCGGUGCAUCGCUGACCUUGGUGGGCAGAAGUCCAGACCCUUUUGCAUCUCACAGGGAGGGCAUACUGGCUUGGGCCACACCCAGCAAAACGGAAUUGUGCUCCAGAAAGUUCCAGAUCACAUCGAGCAUAGACUGAUGCUCUCUCUGAGAGGUUAGCCCCUAGGUGUUGAUACCAUUUUAUUCUCAGUACAUGUAAAUUGAAUAGAGGGAGGGAAGAGCUUUAUAUCCCGGAUUGAAAUUCUCUUUCUCUCUUUCUCUCUCCCUAACACACACACACGCGCGCGCGCACACACACACACUCUCUCUCUCACACACACACACACACACACACACACACACAUAUCAAAGCACAUUACUUAAUUUGGGGUUGGGUUGUGAUGCCUUGAGAAUCUGUGUCUGGGAGCCUUGACUACUCUGAGUCAUGAAUGUAUUUCAGGAGCAGCUUAGGUGCCCGUGACCCCCCCGUCCUCUGCGGGCUCUCUCCACCAGGGUAAGGCUUGUCCAAAUAAAAGGUUUUCUUGAUGGCUUACAGUGUUUUUCACAGCUCUUCAUGGUUUUCUAUUCCACAGGCAGCUCACCAGGAGCUGGGUCCAGUGGGCAUCAGUUUCCUGGCAGGAAACGCAGGGCCCCCAGACUCCCAGUAGCUGUGACGUGUGUCCCCCUGUGGAGUGGGGUUUGGAGAGGGCUCCUCACGAAAGGCUGUGUGUGCCCCUCCAUGCUCAGGUGGCUGAGUAGGAGGCUGUCUCCACAGCCUCUCAGGAGCCGCGUGUGCCGGAGGAGUGAGCAGCCCCGUGAGCAGACUCCUCGGAAGGUGACAGGGUCCCGAAUUCAGGGCGCCUGUUCCUUAGAUUCUCCCUCUUAGACACCUGAGGGGGCCCGUCAUUUUAUAGCUCUUGUCGCGAUGACCCUCGUUACUAUUUUUGGGAAAUAAUUCGAACUAAGCUGUUUGGAGAUCGGAUUUGGCAAGGCCCAGGCAAGCCAAUGGAUUCUCUAUGAGUUUAAAAAAUAAAUAAAUCCUUAUUUUGUACAGAGAAAUUCCCUUUUUGUAACUAAUCCUUUUUAUUGGCAAAAAUUGUAAAUUAAAAUAUACAACUUGA